AUGGCAGAGCAGAGGUACUGCGUAGACUAUGCCAAGCGUGGCACAGCAGGCUGCAAGAAGUGCAAGGAGAAGAUCGUGAAAGGAAUGGUGCGCAUUGGCAAGAUUGUUCCCAAUCCUUUCACGGAGUCUGGUGGGGACAUGAAGGAGUGGUACCACGUGAAGUGCAUGUUUGAGAAGCUAGAGAAGGCCCGGGCCACCACCAAGAAAAUUGAAGACAUCACAGACUUGGAAGGGUGGGAAGAGCUGCAAGAUGGGGACAAAGAAUUAAUCAACAAGCACAUCUCAGAAGCGAAUUCCAAGGCUGCAAGUACACCGAAGAAAAAAGUGAUAGUCCAAGCUAAGCUCACCGCCACAGGACAAAUAACCACAAAAGAUCCGUUGGCACUCAUCACUCCAUCACCAAAGAAAUUCUCUGGCUUCACAGCCAAGCCAAAGAAUUCGGAAGAUGUCUCUGCAAACUCUUCCCACAAGUCUAGCCUGUCUGCAAAAAACUGUGAUCCGAAGCACAAAGACUGCUUGCUGCGAGAGUUUAGGAAGCUCUGUGCCAUGGUUGCUGAAAAGCCUAGCUAUAACGUCAAGACGCAGAUCAUCCAGGAUUUCCUGAAGAAGGGAUCUGGAGGAGAUGGUUUUCAUGGUGACGUAUACCUGACCAUUAAGCUGCUGUUACCAGGUGUCAUUAAAAUUGUUUACAACUUGAAUGAUAAGCAGAUUGUAAAGCUGUUUAGUAGGAUUUUUAACUGCAGCCAAGAAGAAAUGGUCCGGGACCUGGAACAGGGAGAUGUUUCCGAGACCAUACGCCUCUUCUUUGAACAGAGCAAGUCUUGUCCUCCAGCAGCCAAAAGUGCCCUGACCAUCCAAGAGGUGGAUGAAUUCCUAAUCCAGCUAUCAAAGCUUACUAAGGAGGAUGACCAGCAAAGUGUGCUGCAUGGGAAAGUACUCAGGUGUACGGGCAAUGACCUGAAAUGCAUCAUCAGGCUCAUUAAGCAUGACUUGAAAAUGAAUGCUGGAGCAAAGCACGUGUUGGAUGCUUUGGAUCCUAACGCUUACGAGGCGUUCAAAGCAUCACGCAACCUCCAGGACGUGGUAGAGAGAGUCCUGCAGAACCAGCAGGAGGCUGCGAAGAUGCCCGGGAUGAAGCGCACCCUCAGCGUGCAGGCCUCUCUGAUGACCCCGGUUCAGCCCAUGCUGGCUGAAGCCUGCAAGUCAGUAGAGUAUGCCAUGAAGAAGUGCCCAAAUGGCAUGUAUGCGGAGAUCAAAUACGAUGGUGAGCGGGUGCAGGUCCAUAAAAACGGGGAUCACUUCAGCUACUUCAGCAGAAGCCUCAAGCCUGUCCUCCCUCACAAAGUAGCCCAUUUUAAGGACUUCAUCCCCAAGGCUUUCCCUGGGGGCCAGAGUAUGAUCCUGGAUUCAGAGGUUCUUCUCAUUGAUAACAAAACCGGCAAGCCGCUUCCUUUUGGGACUCUUGGUGUGCACAAGAAAGCUGCUUUCCAGGAUGCCAACGUUUGCUUGUUUGUGUUUGACUGCAUCUAUUUCAAUGACAUCAGCCUGAUGGACAGGCCUCUGUGUGAACGUCGGAAGUUUCUCCACGAUAACAUGGUUGAAAUCCAACCGGAUCCUUUUCUCGGAGAUGAAGCACGUCACAAAAGCUUCAGAUCUGGCAGAUAUGAUCACCGUGUCAUCCGGGAGGGACUGGAAGGACUGGUGUUGAAAGAUAUAAAGGGUAAUUAUGAACCAGGAAAACGACACUGGCUGAAGGUGAAAAAGGACUACCUAAACGAGGGUGCGAUGGCUGACACGGCAGACCUGGUGGUGCUGGGAGCUUUCUAUGGACAAGGCAGUAAGGGUGGGAUGAUGUCCAUCUUUCUCAUGGGCUGCUACGAUCCCAAGAGUGAGAAGUGGUGCACCGUGACCAAGUGUUCCGGUGGCCAUGAUGACGCCACCUUGGCGCGGCUGCAAACAGAGCUGGAUAUGGUGAAGAUCAGCAAGGAUCCUAGUAAAAUUCCAAAGUGGCUAAAAAUUAACAAAAUCUACUACCCAGACUUCAUUGUCCCAGAUCCAAAGAAAGCUCCAGUGUGGGAGAUCACAGGGGCUGAAUUCUCUAAAGCUGAAGCCCACACUGCAGAUGGGAUCUCCAUCCGCUUCCCUCGCUGCACCCGCAUUCGGGAUGACAAAGACUGGAAGACAGCCACCAACCUCCAGCAGCUGAAGGAGCUGUACCAACUCUCCAAAGAGAAGGCUGAUUUCAAUGUUGUUGCCGGGGAGGAAGACGAGUCUACAGCUGGCAGCAGCGGAGAGAACGAGGGAAAUUCCAGGUCUUCCACGCCACAUAGCGCUGCUAAAUCUCCCCCAAGCAAGUCACCUGCAAAAGCCCAGAAGCCGGAAGAGAGCAAAGCAGUCGCUGCAUCCCCCCAGAAAUCGGAGGAGAAACGAGGGGAGAAGAGAAAAGCGUCCGAGAUGGAUGACAAUGGAAAAAAGCCGCUGCUGGACAUAUUCACCGGCGUGAGGCUGUACCUCUCCCCCGCCGUGAAGGACUUCGACAAGCUCCGGCGGUACUUCAUCGCGUACGACGGGGAUCUCGUGCCGGAGUUCGACGCCGCCUCGGCAACGCAUGUUAUAGGGGACGUUGAUGAGAAUCCUGGUGCUAAGCGUGUGUCUCCCAACUGGAUCUGGGAGUGCAUCCGGAAGAGGAGGCUGGUAGCCCCAUGCUAG